AUGCUCACGUUAGUGCGCCAAUCGUUGAUUGAGAAUCCCAUUAAAGCUUUCAAAACUUUUGCGCACGACACGACUGUCUUACUGGGUGGUUGGACUCCGGUCUUUUCCAUCAUCGUCGCCUCGUUCCUAAGCAGCCAGCUGAAGGUGAAGGUCCCUAUCGGAGCGGUUGCAUUUCUGGAAGCUGGUGGUCUUGCUACCUACAACUCCCAGCUGUCAGCUUUACUGGCCUGCGUCGUCUUGAGUACCGCAUUCGGUAAUAUGGCGUUGUCAGCGCCCUGGGACGUAUCUAACUCGAGAGCAGACGUUUCGGUCAUUCUACUUCGCGCCAUAUACAGGGAGGCACUCCUCCGCCCCCGGGUCGUCCAACCGGCAUUUACUGGUCUAUUAAUCACUCUAGCCGCGAAUCUACAGUACCUCUUCGGAGCCGGAUCCUACACAUCACUCUUGGACGCAAUCCUACAGGCUUUCCAGUCUCUCACCGCAGCUCUCGUAUCCAAAUGGUCGCUUUAUCCGGUCCGGGAUCCAGCAAAAUGUUUACUAAAUGAUGUGCAGGGUAUCACUAAAGUGGGCGAUAAGAGCGAUGGUAAAGGGCCUGAGAUGCCGAGAGGACGCGGUGCGGCACAAGGAGCAAGUUCAAAGCUGUCGACCAUGGAAAAAGACUCCAAAGACUCCAGUAAGCUUUCGCGGGACGGCUGGGAGCUCAUAGAGAAAGCAGGUGCAGCCAAGAAUGAUGCGAACACUAUCACAGACGAGGAAAAGCAUCAGCAGGCAUUGCUCCAUGAAGUGUUCCGUCUCAUCAACGAAUGCAAGGAGCGCAAGAAUGUCGACUGGGAUGGAGCCAUAGCCGUCUUGGAGAAAGGCCAGAAAGACGGCAACACCUGGGUGACAUAA